AUGCCUGGAGGCAGUUCUUCUGGUGAAGCUGUACUGUUAGCUUUGCAUGGAUCACCUGUCGGUAUUGGUAGUGAUAUUGGCGGCAGCCUUCGCAUACCUUCGGCAUUUUGUGGUUUGACCAGUCUGAAACCAACAGUUAGAAGAUUGAGUGUAUCAGGGUUGGCUUCAGCUGGUAGAAAUUCCGUCUUGUAUUUGCAGCAAUGCCCAGGACCUAUGGGUAGAAAAGUGGAAGACUUAGCUCGUGUAAUGCGUGCAUUGUUGUGCCGUACAAUGUUUGAUUUAGACCCAUACGUUGUACCAAUGCAUUUCAAUGACGAUUCUUAUGAAGGAAAGAACAAAAGUAAAUUAGUAAUCGGUUACUACUGCAGCUUCGAUGAUCCUAAUCUCAUGCCAGUGUUGGAUGUGAAUCGGCGAGUUGUCGAGAAGGCAGUUAAAGCACUGGAAAAUGCUGGUCAUAAACUAGUAAAGUUUGCAGUUCCUCAUCCUUAUGAAGCUUAUGUCCUUGGUCUGCGUGCCCUGUUUGCAAAUGGAGGUCCUGAACUAAGAAGGAAUUUACAGGGUGAGGAGAUUGGACCUCAGUUGCGUCUUGCUGACCGUCUUCUCAGUGUUCCUAACUUCCUUAAGUCAUCGAUAGGAUUCAUCUCUAGAUACCUUGUUGGAAAAUCAGCUGAAGUUAUCCUGGCACUUCGGAAACUUGAGGACGGUCAGUCAGCACUCAAACUGACCACUGCAAUUAAUGCAUACCAACGUGAAUUUGCAGAAGCUUGGAAAAAAGCAGGUCCUCUAGAUGCACUAAUUCGUCCUGUGUUUGCCUAA